AUCACAUGUUUUACUGGCAUUUUCAGUCCUGGUCUAGUCCUGGUUUAGUCCUGGUCAUGGCCCUCACAGCUCUGGUCCUGCUCUGGUCCAUCUAUAGUUUGGGGGUCCUGACAGAAGACAACAGCUCAGAGCCGCUCAGGUUGGUGGGAGGAGCCAGUCGCUGUGCUGGGACUGUGGAGGUGAAACAUGAAGGAGAGUGGAGACGAGUGGAGCCUUUGGGAGGCUGGUACCAGGAGACCACAUCUGUUGUGUGCAGAGACCUGGACUGUGGUUCUGCUGUUUAUGGAGAAAAGAGAAAUGAUUUUCCACAGAGUCGUGUGUGGGAGGUCUCAUCUGACUGUGUGAAGGAGUCUUCAGUGAGAGAAUGUGUCUCUGGUUCAUCUUCUUCUUCUUCCUCGGGUCUGGAGGUGAAAUGUUCAGGUAAAAGUGUUUUUGUAAAUGUUCAGGUGGAAUGUGUCCAAAUAGAAGAAAGGAAACAUGUGUGACAUGGUUAAAUGUGUGAAAAGUCCCUUUUGCAGCAGAGUUCUGCUUUAAUAGUUGAAUCUUGUAGAUUGUGUGCAGCAGUGACAGUGACAGACUGUCUCAUGUUCUCUUUGCUGAUUCUCUGGAGAUGGAGUAAACCUGUGUGUUUGUGAUGGACGAUGCUGGGAGUGUGUGUGUGUUUGAUUCUUGUUGUA